AUGUCAGCUCUCAGACCGUAUUCCCGACCUCACCUCUUCUCACGUGCUAUAUCCUGUCAACACUUCCCCUGCCGUUAUGCCCAGACAGCUUCAGCUUCAGCUUCUUUCGAUUCCGAGUCCUCACCAUCCUCAUCAUCAUCAUCUUCAUCAGCUCAAUACUCUUAUACUCGACGUAAGGCCAACGACGAAAACUCCGAUUCCAGAAAAGGUAAAGGACGAUCGAACUCGCUUGCCGAUACUUAUGUGUUUCCCGAGAAGGGCAGACUGGGAGGUCCACCAGAUCCUUUUGAGGUGAUGGCGCUGGAGAGGGGAGCGACAGAGUCAGAGGUGAAGAAACAAUAUUAUAAACUCGCGCUACUCCUUCAUCCCGACUCCUCUCACCCUUCCUCAUCCCACGACCACUUCUCAACUCUCAAUCGAGCCUACACUCUCCUCUCAACUCCAUCUUCUCGAAACGCAUAUCUCAAGACGGGAUACGGGUGGAACUCUCUCUCGCAAUUUACGCCUAAUAGGCCACCGGGCGAUUACAGCAUGCACGAGGAGAUUAUGCGUCGUGCGAAAGGUGGAGCAUCACAAUGGGAGAGAAGAUCAUAUAAAGAUAGUAGUCCAGAUUGGGGAGGGUUUGAUGGUUCAAAAGGAUGGAAGAAUUUUAAUGAUCAAACGAUGAAUUUCGAUCAAGGUACUUUUUAUAAUGGUACGGGAGAAGAGAGGUAUAUGUCGAAUCCUAGAUUUUUGUUUGUACUUGGUAUAGUGGGCUCAUCUCUAGCUUGGAUGCAAUAUCAUCGACUAGGUUCAGCUACAGAGACGCACCGUGAUCUACUAGACAGGCAGAAUACAGACGCAUCCCAUGCACUAGCUCAGGCCCGAUACGAAGCUGCCAUCCACGGUAAGACGCGUCGCGAGCAGAUACGACGUAGAGUCAGGGAAGCAGAGAUAAUGAAGGAGUUGGAGAAGAUUGAAAAUGGACAUGGUCAUCAGACUCUCGCUAUUGCUGCUCCACCAUCACAUCAAUCACAGACAACAUCGAAUCCAUAG